AGUUGUAUCAUAUGAUAUUAACGAUGCUAAGGAUAAAAUCACCACUUAAUGGUCAAUAUUUAAAUGCUGUUAUUAAUUAAUUCAUGUUAUUAUCAAUUGAAUUGAUUGAAUUUUAAUGAGAAAGUUUUUCCCCGACAAUUAUAAUUGUUAAUGUUAUUUAUUGAUUUGGUGAUAAUUAAAGUGAUUCAGAUUAUGCAAUCGAUUAAAAAAAUGACACUCUUAAUGAUUGAUACUCAAAAGAUUAACUGAUCAAGGUAAUUGUUGUAUUAACUGAUUGGUCUAUUGAUCAGCGACAAUUUAGUUCACAUGAGAGUAAAAUUAACUCACUUGGAAAAAUAUCUAAUUGUUUGACCAUUGGUGGUUGAUUGUAAUUAUAUUUUAAUGAUUGAAGAUUUCAAAUGGACCAUCAAAUGAUUUAAUCAACAAUCAGUUUAAUUUGAUUGUACCGUUGAUAAUGUUGAACAAAGGUUUCGACAAUAAGAUAAAGUUAAACUUGACCAUUGGAGUUUUCGAGGUUGCUUUCCUUGGUUUCUUUGAGAAAGAUGAAAAUGGAAAAGUUCAUCCAAAUUACAAAUCAAUUAAAACGUUUCUUGAUUUAAUUAUAGUUCAUGGUAACUUCAACGGUAUAUUAGUAUGGCCACAGAAUGAUGAACAGUUUGGACAUUACGUUAAGGACGAAGGCUACACGAAAGGGAUGUUUGGUUUACUACAACGAGGAGAAAUUGACUUUGGUUGGUUUCCAGCUCCAUUUCACACUCAAUCACCUCCAGGUCAAUUCACAGCCCCUGUUACUGAGGAUUCUUAUUAUUUACAUAGUUUUCCUCGAUCCUCAUCGGCACUUAAUCAAAACGUCAUUGAAAGUUUUUCAUUUUUCACUCCGAGCACUUGGUUAACUAUCUUGAUGAUCGUCUACGUCCUUGAACUAAUCAUAAGGUACAAAGAUAUCGGUCAUUUAUCGGAAACAAUACUCGCGACAACAAUACGAUUACCAGAUACGCUGUUCAAUCAACACUUUAUGGGUCGAUCUGUAUUCCGAUGGUUACAAUUGAUAAUGUUGUCGAUUUGUCUUAACGUUUUCACCGCUGCGUUCAAUACAAGUACCAUUGUUGGAAAGGGCGAUCCUCGAGUAAAUGAACUGAGCGAUGUUGUCGAAUACGAUAAGACACCUUGUUUCUUUCAGGGAAUUUCUAUGUAUGAACUUUUCGAAGGUAAAGUAACCAAAGCUUACGCGGACGUUUAUGAACAAGCCGAGCGAAAGGGAACUUCAAAACCCAUUCCUAUCGGUUCCUUGCCCGAUUACCAAGAAUACUCAGCGCACAUUGUUAAAUUCGAGAGUGAAAAGGCCGGUAAAAUUGGAAAUUCGGUCGACGGGACUAACCAUCCAGCAAGUGAAUUCUCGUACUGGGCACCUAAACCUUUCUAUCGGUCAUCCAAUGCGUUCAUUUUCAACCCGAGGAAAAAUACUGACCAAUUGACCAACCGGAUACUUUCAUUAACGAGUAAAUUGUUACAAGCAGCACUGGUUGAUCGAUUAAUUAUUGAAUUGAUUCGUGAGGUAAUACUUAAUUUACCGCUAGACCUAAAUCGUUACAUCUUAUACAAAAGAGCAGAUGAACCAAAUCAAAUGCACAUUAAAUUUAAAUCAUUAGAAGUUGAAGGAUUGAAAUUGGUUUUCAUCGGUUUAAUUGUACUCAUGUCAAUCGCUACAAUUUUUUUCCUCAUUGAGAUAAUUGUCUUUAAAUUAUCUAAACCGAAUCAGAAGAAAUAA